ACAUUAGUAGCCACAGCUGCCCUGGGGUAGACUGACGGAAGCGUGGCUGCCAGUUUGCGCCUACGGGCCCUCCGACCACCACCAAUCAUUCAUUCAUCAGUGUGCAAAGGGUGAAGUGUCCUGCCCAAGGACACAACGGCAGCGAUUUUUUUGGAUGUCAUCAGGUGGGAAGCGAACCUGCAACCCUCAGGUUUCUGGCACGGCCGCAGGUACAAAUAGGAGCGGGCUGAUUGACACCAGGUGUGGCCAGGUGCCAAUCAGCCGCAGCUGAGGGGAAACGGACAAAAUAAGAGCGCUAACAGGAAAUACUAAACACACACAGAGGAAAAACUAAAACACAAACAGUCAGUGGCAAGUCUGACAAUAAUAAUAGAGUAUGGGAAAGAAUUAAAAAUUACAUUUUGGUAGUGUAAGGUUUAAGAGAAGUUGAACGUGAGGCAAUAUUCCUGAAACGAUGAGGGAAAAAUGUUGUUUGGACUGAAACAUAAAUAUUGAUGUUCUUUUUCUUAGGCGGAAGGAAAAAAAAGAGUCAAGUGUAAAAGUGAUCAAAUAGUCUCAUAAGAAGAGUGGAGCCCUUCCCAUUCCCUUUAAAGGAGCGUGUCUUCACCCAAACAUGGACCUGUGCUCUUUCCCCAGGAUUGCCAAGAAUGUCCCAGCCUCUACGCCGGCGAGACGCGAGACGCUUCUUGCACUCCCGUCACGGGCCCAGAAUGUGAGUCCCCUCGCUCCUCCCUUUCCUCUGGAACUUUUUUUUUUUUUUUUUUUAUCGGAUUACUUCCAAGUCCAGCUCCGUCCGUGCGAGUGUCCUUGUCAUGUCCCGGCGCAAGGUGCGAGGCCUGACCAGGAUGGGCCGCCAGGUCAGCGAGGACCCGGACCUGGACAGCCUGCUGUCCACCUUGUCCCCGGAGGAGAUGGAGGAGCUGGAGAAGGACAUGAUGAAGGUGCCUGACCUCAACCCGGAGCGACCUCAAGAGGAGACUUUGGCGCUGGAGCCAAAGAAGGAAUGUCGGAAGCAAGAUCACCUGAGGAAGAUGGGCCUGAGCCAGGAGGGCAACCAAGAUGGGAAAGUCCGAAGACCAGCAGACAUGGACGCCAGAGACACGAACGCUGUAGGUCCGGAAAUCUUGAAACAGGAGCGAGGUCGUCUCUCGGAAAGAUUCAUGAAGCAGGAGAGCGCAGAGAGUGACCCGAAGGACAAAUGUGAGGACAGCAGGACGAGGGACAGGAGGGAAAACCGCGAGAGCACCGGCAGCAGAACGAGGGACGUGGUCUCCAAGUUACAGGAGAAGAAGGAGGACACCAGCAGGGAAAAGGACUGCAGGAAGAGGGACGACAGCAAGACCAAGGACAUUAUCUCCAGGCUUCGAGAGAAGAGCGAGAAGGACGUCGGUAAGGACAGAGAGCGGCGGUCUGAGAGCUUUAGGACGCAGGGUUUAGUUUCUAGGAUGUUGGAGAAGCAGAGCAAAGCCCAGGAGAACCAAGAGAAGAAAGCCGAAGAAAGGAUGAUCACUCGUAAGUUGGAGCGACAAGUUUCCCAGAAGGAGGAGAAAGCUGGAACCGAUGCAGAAGAACUGCACAACCACAGCGAGCACAUGACCGAGAAAAAGACGGAUAAUGUUCAAGUCAAAACCGGGGAGAAACUCGCCAACUGUGUCGGCCAAAAUGCCAAAACCAACGAGCAGGAGGACGAGGACGAAGACUCGAGCAUGUUCGACGAGUUGAUGCAGCAGCUCCGACACGACGACCCGUCUCUCGUGGAGCUCAACGUCAACAACUCCGAGGUCAUCAAGACCAAGACGCUCAUGGAGUUUGCCGACGCUCUGCGGGGCAACACCCACGUCAAGAAGGUGGCGCUGGCCAACUGCCGCGCCGACGACCACGUGGCCUACGCCUUCGCCGGCACGCUGCGCCACAACGCCACCGUCACCAGCCUCAACCUAGACUCCAACCAUCUCACCGGCAAGGGCAUCCUGGCGCUCAUCCAGGCGCUGCAGCACAACGCCACCCUGACCGAGCUGCGCUUCCAGAACCAGCGCCACAUCUGCGGCGGAAAGACGGAGAUGGAGAUGAUCAAGAUCCUGAAGGACAACACCACCUUGCUCAAGCUGGGCUACCACUUCGAGCUGGCCGGGCCCAGGAUGACCACCACCAACAUCCUCAGCCGCAAUAUGGACCGGCAGCGGCAGAAGCGCUUGCAGGAGCAGAAGCAGGCGCAGACCAGCAACGGUGACAAGAAGGGACCGCUGGAGGUACCCAAGGUGGGCGCUGUAGGAUCUCUGAGAAGCUCCCCCAAGGCGUCUCCUAAACCGUCCCCUAUGGUUUCACCAAUGCCCUCGCCCAAGCUGACGCCCAAGAGGAGUGUUGGGGCGCCACCGCCACCCCCGCCGCCCCCCGGGGGAGGUCUCCCGCCCCCACCGCCUCCCAUGCUGGAAGUAGACUCCUUGAGGAACUCCCUGACUCCGGUGUCGCGGAGGAGCCUGGACGGGAAGGGCCGAGGUGCUUGCAAGAACUCGAGGGACCAACUGCUAGCCUCCAUCAGGGGGAGCAACGUCAUGCAGCUCAAGAAGGUGCCGGUCCCCAAGUGGCUCCAGUAAGUUUUCCUGGCGGGAUCUGGAAAAGGAAGCAGGAGUUACACCGUCCCUCCAGGACGCAGCCAAAGAACAAAGGAUGGAGGACAUGGCUGCCGUUUUUUUUUUUUUU